AUGGUGGAAGAUUUACAAGGAUGGCUUGGACAGAAAGAAGAACAGAACCUCUCAGCACCAGUGAAACAUUUCACUCAUGAAUUAUCAAUUCGAGGUCGACUGAGACGACUGCUGAUUAAAAACCCCACCACCAGGUUAUGUAGCACAGUAUUUGAUGUAUGUGUUAAAUGUUUGGUGUGUAUUUUAUAUGUUACUAGAGUGUGUCUGGAUGAUCAUAAACAAUUUUCAUGUUAUGGAGAAAUUUGUCCCAGCAACAUCAACAAAUCCACCCCUGUAUCUGAAGGCUUUUCAUCCACAAAUAUCCAUUGGCAUGUAUUAUUAUGGGUUCACAGACCCCUAGCAUUAUGGCUUGUACAAGUUAUAUUAGCUGUUAUUACUCUUGUGAAGGCUUCUCUACAAGUCUACUGUCAUACAAAGGGUACACGUCUAGAGAAUUUGUUGUUUGAUGGAUUUUUAAUGGAGGUAGCUUGUUCUUUUCCCGUUAUUUUAACUUGUUGUUAUCCAGUUUUGUUACAGAAUAUGUAUUUACCUGUUUUUAUGAAUUGCUGGUUGGGACGAGGUGCUCUAGCUAGAUUAUUUAAUGAUCUACAUCUACGCAAACAACGCUUUCAAACUAUCUCUGUGACGUUAUCACAGCAAAUGAUGUUACUAAAUAUAACUCUGUUAUGUCUUGUUUUUACCACAAUUUGUGGUAUACAACAUAUUCAGAGAGGCAGUGAUGAGACAUCGUUGACAAUGUUUGAAUCGUUGUAUUUUGUGAUAGUUACAUUCAGUACAGUGGGAUAUGGAGAUAUAUCUCCAGAUAUCUGGCUAGGACAGUUGUUUAUGUUUGUUAUGAUCAUAGUAGCUUUUGCCUUUAUUCCACGUCAGUUAGAAGAAAUUGGGUCAACAUGGAUUCAGCAAAAAAAAUCAGGAGGCGAGUAUAAAAAGGGGGAAUCUCCAAGACAUAGACAUGUUGUAGUUUGUAUGAGAUUUCCGAAUACAGAAAUGGUGAUGAAUUUUUUAAAUGAAUUCUACGCACAUCCUAAACUAGAGCAACACACAGUUGUCCUUAUCUCACCUAACGAACUAGAAAAUGAUAUGCAAAUGAUUUUGAAAGAUCCGAAAUGGGCCAAUCGUGUUGUAUAUAUUCGAGGUUCGGCACUUAAAGAUGUUGAUUUAAAAAGAUGUCGUAUCAACCAAGCGGACGCCUGUUUUUUCUUGGCACCAAAAAACACUGGGGACAGAAACAAAGCAAUGAAAGGGGGUGGGGCAGGCAAAAAGGGCGCUCACAAUGUUCUGGGUUCAGAACGGGAUCAGCAUACUAUACUUCGAUCCUGGGCCGUCAAAGAUUUCGCUCCACAAUGUCGCCAAUAUUUACAAUUAUUUAAAGCUGAAAACAAAAUGCAUGUUAAAUUUGCAGAGCAUGUCGUCUGCGAAGAUGAAUUUAAAUAUGCAUUGUUAGCCAAUAAUUGUUUAUAUCCUGGAUUAUCUACCCUUGUAACGUUACUGCUGCAUACAUCCAGGGGCAGAGAAGGAGAGGUAGCCAAUGAACCAUGGCAACAGAUUUAUGGUCGACAUUCUGGAAUGGAAGUUUAUCAUAUACAACUUAAUAAAAGUUCUUUCUUUAGAAAAUUUGAAGGCAAGAAAUUUACAGAGGCCUCUGUAGUUGCACAUCAAAGAUAUGGUGUAUGCCUAGUAGCUGUACUAGAUGUUAAUCGCUCGGAACCAAGACUCCAACUCAAUCCUGGUUCUGAUCAUAUUCUGAAAGGUUCUGAUUUUUGUUUUUAUCUGGGAAUGACACGAGAAGAAUACUCCAAAAUUAACGCUUGUGCUGAAACAGAAGCUGUGGAUUCUGCUAGAACAAAAAAUAUUGAACUAAUUGCUAGUGAGAUACAGAAAUGGCUACAGAGUGAAGAAGAAGGAGAUGUUGAUGAUGAUGAAAGUUUAUUCAGUACUAUUACCAGUCAACUUGGUAAAACUAUAACACAUCGUUUACAACAUAAUAAUGAUGUAUCAACUCCCCUUCUAUCAUCUCCAGUUGAGAAAGACACCAUCAAAAAACCUGUAAGUUCCUCAACAGCAGCAAAAGGUACUGAAACACUGGAAAGGUUCUCACAACAAGAAUCUGGAAAAAUUCUACAGUUUUACGAUAUGGGACAGGAAAGUUUUAUUACUGGGCCACCACCUAGUACUCUGUAUGUAGGAACAAAACGUACAUCAUGUCACUUACACAGGGACAGACGGCCAUCGUGUUGUACCAAGUGGGGAGAGGUUUGUGAACAUUGUUCAUUUAAAACAGCUAAAGAUGAACGUUGGGAUCAACAGUUGAUUAUUCUAGUGGCAGGAUAUGGUAGCACUGGAAUUUAUAAUUUUAUCGUACCCCUACGUUCUGAUUAUCUUAAUGUCAACAAUCUGAGUCCGAUAAUUUUACUUUUAGAACAGGAGCCAGAUAAGAUGUUUAUAGAAACUAUUGCACAUUUUCCACUGGUUUAUUGGAUGCAGGGAAAAAUGACCAGUAUAGACGAUUUAUUAGUUGCUGGUAUAAACAAGGCUACUCAUCUAGUGGUAGCUAAUAAAGAAAAUGACUCUGAUAUCCAGGAGGAUGUGUUAUCAGACGCUGAAACAGUUGUGACAGUUCAAAAAAUAACAAAUUUAUUCCCAGCAACAAAUGUGAUAACAGAAUUAAACGAUGCUUCCAACAUGAGAUUUAUGCAGUUUCAAGCACAUGAUGCUUAUUCUCAAUCCAUCUCCAAGCUAGAAAAGAGAUUAAAAGAAGAAACCAACUCUAACUUGCCCCACCUAUUCCGUCUUCCAUUCACGUCUGGACAAGUUUUCUCAGCUGGAAUGUUGGAUAGACUUCUUUAUCAGACGUUUGUGAAAGGUUAUCUAAUCAGUUUUGUCAGGUUAUUACUGGGUAUUGAUGCUGAACCUAACUCAGGACAUUUAUCUAGUGUAAGAGUUAGAAGAGCCACCCUUGCCCAAUUCCCAACAUACAACGAUCUAUAUCAGGGUUUAUGUUCUACCACAGGGGAAAUCCCAAUAGCUAUUUAUAGAACAGAGAAACGCCCUGCUCUUUCUGUUGCUGCUCUUGAGAAAAUGGAUAAUGAGGAGGUGUUAGUGAAUAACAAUUCCAAACAUUUUGGUCUUCCAUCUCGGCCUUCUAUACCUGCAAAAUUAUUUGCCCAGAGUGACACAGAUUUUAACAGGCCCAGUGAACUUGUUUAUAGUAGAAUGAAGAGUCUUGAUCUAAGUGAUGAUAUACAUUGUGAUACUCCAUUAGAUAGUAAUAUAUUAUCUUAUGUUAUUGUUAAUCCUUCUCCAAAACGUAAACUCAAAUCAGGAGAUAUGAUUUAUGUGAUCCAACCAAGUAGUAUGUUUGCUGUUCCAAAUAAACUGAAAUGGAGAUCACCAAAAAUGCACCGGAAAAAUUUUGUUGUAAGUCCAGCCUCGACUCCUGUACUGGCAAGAACCACAAGGAUAUCUUGGAACCUUAGUCCAGAUCAGAGAAAAAAUUCUGCGAAUUCCAGCAGCACAUCAGCUGUCAAAGGUGAAGGUGAAGGACGCUCUCGAUCCAAAUCUGAAUCUCAAGUUAACCAAUCAAAAUAG